AUGUCAACCGACUACAAGUUCGAGGGAUGGAUGGGCGACGACGCCUCCUCCGCAGAUGGGAAAAUGGUCUGGAGAGAGUUCGAGCCGAAGCCCUGGGAGGAGACUGAUGUUGACAUCAAAGUCACGCACUGUGGAGUCUGUGGUUCAGACCUGCACGUUCUGCGAUCAGGAUGGGGUGCCACCGAAUACCCUUGUGUUGUUGGACAUGAAAUCCUCGGCAUUGCCGUUCGCGUUGGCUCCAAGGCCGUGAAUGGCAUCAAAGUUGGCGAUGUUGUCGGCGUCGGUGCUCAGGGCGAUUCGUGCCUUGGCCGCGACGGACCUUGUGCCCCUUGCAGUGAAGGCUUGAAUCAGUACUGUCCCAAAGCCAUUACCACAUACAAUGCCAGGCAUCGCAACAAUGGCAAGGCUUAUGGUGGCUAUACCACGUAUCACCGAAAUCCUUCUCACUUUGUCUUCAAGAUCCCAAGCGGUCUGGCCCCUGAAUCUGCUGCUCCUCUGCUGUGCGGAGGAGUUACGGUGUACUCGCCGCUCAAGUAUCACGGCGCAGGCCCCGGCAAGAAAGUCGGUAUUGUCGGUAUCGGAGGUCUUGGCCAUUUUGCUGUGCUGUUUGCCAAGGCAUUGAAUGCAGAUGAGGUAGUCGGCAUUUCAAGGAAGGAAAGCAAGAGGGCGGAUGCGGUCAGCUUGGGAUGCGACGACUACAUUGCGACAGGUGAUGACGCAGACUGGGUGAAGAAGAACCAGGGGCGAUUUGAUCUCAUCAUCUGUACCGCUUCAUCUGACAACAUGCCUUUUAACGAAUAUUUGGCCCUAUUGAAGUACGGAGGAACGCUUGUCCAGGUUGGCGUCCCAGAGGGCGCUAUCCCUCUCAUGCCCUUCAGUCUCAUUUCCGGCCGCAAGAGCGUCACCGGCUCAAGCAUUGGUACCCCUGACGAGAUCCGCGAUAUGCUUCAGCUUGCCGCCGAUAAACAGAUCAAGCCAUGGGUGGAGCAGCGACCCAUGAAAGACGCGAACCAGACACUCAGGGACCUGGAAGCCGGCAAGCCGAGAUUCCGUUAUGUCUUGGUGAACGAGUGGUGA